UCUUCUUCCUCCUUGCUGCUCCAUCCCGCCUCCCGUCUUCCCUUUCCUGCGUCCCUCCGUUUCCCUUAAGAUGGUUCGCGAGAAAUUUGGUAAGCCUUACGUUUGGAGUCGCUCUUUCCGCAGUCCGACCUAAGUGUCAGACCGUCGGUUUUUUCUGCGUGCCCCGUGCUUCUCUGGACACUGCUGCGACUGAGGGCGGACAGCGCGACACAUGCAUCGUGGAGCGAGAUGCCUUACUGGUUCAGUCGAGUAUUGUCUGUCCAGAGCGCGUUAUGCAGCCGCAAUCCCCAACCUGGGCAACGACAGGCCUCAUCCGGGAUGCAGUUGAGUCUCCACCAUUCUGCUACGUCUCUCCCUUUUUUCUUCUCGCGGCAUUGCGCCUCCGCGGCCCUCUCAUCAUCGCCGAUUGCUGCAGCGAGCUGGCGCGCAGUUUUGCUGCACGAGCUGCGAGGGCAGAGCGGCACGUAUCCGCAGACAGCAGGGGGCAGCGUCCCCGCUCUCGCUGCGAGGCGCGCAGCGGUGCAGGGCAGGGCCACUGCCGUUCGCACCGCAGAGCAAGAGCUCUCGUGGCCCAGCGCCUUCCGAUGCUUCGAGGGGGUCGACGGAUUCCGUGACUGCCCCACAAGCCCGUCGCUAUCCCUCAGAAUGCUUGGCACCACGCGCUGAGGGUGGCCUGCGCUCGGGGCACUGCUCCUUUGGUAAAUUCGGGUGUGUGUGUGUGUAUGUCUCUGUGCAUCCCGUGAUGCUCUGAGCGUGCCACCGUACUUCCACCGUGCGAGCGUUUCUGGCGUGCCCGCUGCCUCCCGCCUCCUGCUCUCGGUGCCCCCCCCCCGCUCGUGGCGCCCGGCGGCACUCCGCCCCUCGCGCCCGCCUCGU